AUGAACAGCAAGGCUUUGGUAAAACAAGAUCCUCGUACAAAGGUCAAGACCACAUCCGCCCAAUCGGAAACGAGCAACACGACCACACAGAAUGCAACGAUUUUCAAUAAUAAUGCCAAAACGAUUACAUUUCAAACGACCAAACAGACGGUAACGUCGCGGCAAACGGCGCGCAUUACGGAAAUCACCACCAGGCGGACUCCCACCCCACAAGAGCUGGAGGAAAUGAUGCGUCUGCUGGCAAUGAAUAAAAAAGCCGAAACAAAAACUUUCACAACAACGUCGACGACUUCAAGUGUUCCGCUGCGUCGUAAUCGGCCCAGUAACCUGCCAGCCUUGCCGUCUACAUCACGAAAUUCCAUCAAUAGUCUGAACAACAAAAGUACACCGAAAUUUAAGAAUACGGCCGCUUCACCGGUUUCACGUCUUAUCUUCAGCUAUGAGUCACAGCCAGGUAGUGGUGGUGGUGAUGGCCCUAAAACACCAACAACACCGACACUGGUGAAAACCCAAACAACAACAGUGUCGGAGAAAAAUGGUCGUACCAUAACACAGCGUGUAGAGGAGCAUCGCAUCAAAUUGGAUCCGAAGACAUUUAAGCUGUCGACACCCAAUUCGCCAUUGACCCGCAAUUAUAUGGGUGAAGAUAGUUUUACCACAAGGGAUGCCCAGCCUUUCAGGUUGCCUGCAUUGCCGGCACCAUCAACAACAUCUUCUUCUUCGUCGUCUUUAGGUGGUGCUUUGAAAAAACCCGCCUCCUCUGGCACAAGUUCCUAUACCUCUCCCUAUAGCAAUAAACAAUACUCUACAACAUCCGCCUUGGGAAAAACAACGGCAUCGAAAUUAUCAUUUUUAAAUUCAAAUAGUAACAGUAAACCCAGUAGCACAACUACUUCCCUGACUUUUUCGACUACCUCCAAACCGAUCUCAUCCAUCAGCAGCAGCAGUAGAAUAACCCAGAAACCAAGUAGUAGUACUCUUACAUCCUCCACCACUAAACCAGGAUCACUUUUUAGUUCAUGGAGUGGUCCAAGUUCCUCUACAGCCAAGGCUGAUGCCAAACCCUUUUCAAGGACAGCCGCCACCACAACAACUACCUCUCCUUUAUUUAGCUCCUUUCCAAGGACAACCACCACAACGACCUCACCCUCGUUUAGCAGCUCCUUCCUAAACUCAAGACCCAUUACAACAACAGCAACAACGCCUUCGAAUGGCAAAAUUGAAACGGGACCUCGUCUAAAACCCGGCUAUGCCUAUAUUUUCAAUAAUGUCGUUUUCGAUAAUCCCAGCAAUGAGGAACGCAUCGGCAGUGCCGAAGAUGUCAAGGCCCUGGUCCAAACAUUUGAGUUCUAUAAAAUGAAGGUGACCGUUAUUGAAAAUGCCAAAGUGGAUAAAGUGAAAAAGACUGUUGAAAAAAUUCAAACCAAAGACUUUACCGAAUAUGCCUGCCUUGUUAUUGUAAUCCUAAGCCAUGGUAAUCGUCAUGAGGAAAUUGCCGCCAAAGAUGGCCACUAUUCGAUCGAUGAUCAUGUCCUAUUUCCAAUAUUGCGCAACACAACCUUGAAUGAUAAACCAAAAAUGUUUUUCAUACAAGCCUGUAAGGGUUCAAUGGAGAGUAAAGGCUAUUACACAGAUGCUACCCCGUUUACACCACCCGGUAGUGCUAAUGAAAUUUUAAAAUGUUACAGUACUUUUGAGGGUUUUGUUUCGUAUCGCACGGAAAAGGGUUCAAUAUUCAUACAAAGUCUUUGCCAGAAUCUAAAACUAUUUGGUAGUACGAAAAAUAUUAAAGAUAUUAUGGAGACCGUGACGUUACUUGUUAAGAAACAAUCUAUGAGACUAAGGAACAAACAAAUUCCAGCUUAUACCAGUACUUUAACAAAGCCCUUUGUUUUUGGAGAUUAUGUUAAAUGGGCCAAGUAG